UCAUCCAGUGUCUGAAACGUAAGAAUGUCAGAAGGGUUGUGCAAGAGCAAGCUGAGCAUUUUCAUCCAAUGUCUUGUUUCUCCAUUUGAUAAGGUGGUGCAGGUGAGCUUCAUCAGUAGUAGUCUUUUCUUCAGUGACAUAUGCGUAAGUAUCUCUCUGUGUCCAGCAAAAAGGGAAAAGGUUCAAUUUUUUUUCCAGAACUGGAUCAGCAAACAGAAGAAAAUGACCAAACUCAGCAGGCCCAGACACCUGUGACAACAAGCCCUUCUGCCUCAAGCACCACGUCUUUCAUGAGCAGCUCUCUGGAAGAUACCACAACGGCCACCACUCCGGUGACUGAUACUGAAACCGUACCUGCCUCUGAGUCACCUGGCGUUUUGCCUCUGAGCCUUCUGAGGCAAAUGUUCUCCAGCUACCCAACUACUACCGUCCUUCCAACAAGACGUGCUCAGACACCUCCGAUAUCCUCUCUGCCUACCUCUCCCUCGGAUGAAGUGGGAAGGAGGCAAUCUCUCACCUCUCCUGACUCUCAGUCCGCAAGACCUACCAAUCGUACAGCAUUGUCGGAUCCCAGCAGCCGCCUUUCGACUUCCCCACCUCCCCCUGCUAUUGCUGUGCCGUUGCUAGAAAUGGGGUUCUCCCUUCGGCAGAUCACAAAAGCAAUGGAAGCCACAGGUAAUUUGGGAACUUCUGCUUCAAUGUCAUAGAAUCAUAGAGUUGGAAGAGACCGCA